AUGUCUUUGGAUCAAAGACAAGGAACAACAAGGAAAAGGUAAGUUUCUGUGGGUUUGUAAAUUUAAUAUGUUUUCUGUUAUGUUUUUAAGUGUUUUUGCCACUUUUUAAUGAUUUUCAUUGUUUUAGUUCUUUUCAGUACGUAUCCCAACAAUUAUGUUAUCAUAACUAUGAUCAGCCUUGUUCGUCCACUUCGUUUGAUAAGUCCAAAAGUGCCUCAAACAUAGGAGAAUUGUUUAAAAUGGGAGAAAGGUAAGUUAAUAUUGUAUUUUAAUAUUUGAAUGUCUAGGGAAGGAUUUAAUCGAUCGCUACAGCGACUAAAGUGCAGAAGUAUAGAACAUGAAGCAGAUUUUAAUCGAAGACAAAGUCGCACUUCUAUUUCCUCUUUGAGCUCACUUAUUGAUGGAAUAAAAUCAAAGUUAUCUUUGGAAGGACUGAGGACUCAUGUUGAUGUACCUCCAGAGAUUCAGGACUUUCCUGGUGAGUUUGCAUGUGUAAAGCGGCAUUGAUAAGCUUUUUUGUCAAAAACUUGUUUAAUUAAAAUAUUUGAGAUACUUUCAUAUUUUUUAGUUGGUUUCUAACUUAAAAACUAGAUUUUACAAUAUUUUGUUAAUUUGAUUAUUUUAGUUGUUCCACACCGAGCGAAUGAGCUCUGCAGUAUAAUAUGGGACAGAUAUGAAGAUCCUGAUGAAGUGUUUUCUUCUAAGUUCAAUAUUGAUGUAACUAGAAAAGAUUUAAUGACUUUGGCACCAGGAACAUGGCUAAAUGAUGAAAUUGUAAAUUUUUACUUUUCUCUGAUUGCUGAGCGAUCAAAGACAAGCAAAAUAUAUCCUAAGGUAUGGUUUAUGAAGUGGAGUAUCUUUUUGAAUUUUAAUGAACUUUUCAAACAUUAUUUUUAAAAAGGUUUUUUGCUCGAAAGGAAACAAUAUAUUAAGAAUGUAGAAUAUAACAUAGCACCUAAGUAUUACUUUUAUUUUCCAGGUUUACUGCUUUAACACGUUUUUCUUUCCAACGUUGUGUAGAAGAGGAUACGAUGGGAUUAAGCGGUGGACGAAGAAUGUGAAUAUAUUUGAAAACGAUUUAGUUAUAUUUCCUAUUCAUUUAGGAUGUCAUUGGUGCUUGGCUGUAAGUUUUUAUAUUAUUUUGUUUUUAGAAAAUUUUUUUUUUAUAAGCGUAUAAAGUUAUUUCGUAUUUUGCAUUACUUUCGUUAUUAUUAGAAGGCAGUGUUUAUUGUUAAAGUUUAGUUUAAGGGGCUAUUUUAGAAAUGUUAGUCUUUCGCAUAUUUUACUGUUAUUUAAUACCUUGUACUUAAAACACUAAAAUUUUGUGGCAUUUUUGCUAAGAAAGUAAAUAAAUGUGUUUUUAGGCAUACGACUGCAAUACGACUACUUUACGGUUUCUAGAUUCUAUGGGUUCGGACGGGUUUCAACAUUUAAAAGUUUUACGGUAUGUUUUUAUUCCUUUGGUGCAAUAAUUGAAGCGGGUAAAUUUACACUUUCGCUGAAAAAAAUGCAAAUGUUAUUUUAAUAAUAAGGUCAACACAUUCUUAUUGCUUGUUGAUUGCAAUGAUACUGCACAUACUAUAAGUUUUUGGUUUUCGAACACUUAGAUUAACACGUGCGGCUUUUAUUUGUCUUCAAAUGUGUGGUGUUUGUUUUGAGAACGAGGUGUUGGGGGUGUUGUUGUUCAUGCUAAAAGGAAUUUGUUUUUGACGAAAGAAAAGAGACUUUUUUGCAUUUUUUGACGUUAGUUAUAGCCAAUUUUGGGGGUAAAUGGUAAAUAUCUUUUUGAAGUAAAAUCUUAUUGUGUUUUUUUUUAAGUUUUAGGACGUGUCACUCUUUUUUACUUAAAAUGAGUUUCAUCGAAUGAUUUAUUUUUUAAUGCUUUUUGGUGUAUAUUACUAUUAGUAACUAAUUUUGAGUUUUCAGGGAUUAUAUCGUCAACGAGUAUCGAGUAAAAUGUCCAGAACAUCGUUUAUCAGCGGAUAGUAUCAUAUUGAUCAGUAAAGAAGUAAGUUUUGUUAUUAUUACUAGUCGGAUAAAAUUUAAAAUACGUUUUUUUCUAAAAAAUCCUUUUUUCUUCCGAUUAUAAACUCAAAAUUGUGUAAACGCGUUUUAAAGGACGUCCCGUUACAAAAGAAUGGCUUCGAUUGCGGCGUUUUCACCUGUCGGAUGGGCGAAUACGUCUCGCGCCGCGCCACAUUAAACUUCAGCCAACGACACAUGCCCGAAUUCCGACGACGAAUCCUGUACGAAAUUGUCGAACAGACAUUAAUUUGA